UACACCCGAACCAAUCAGUUGUGCUGGGCACCACUAACCGCUAGCGUGUUCGAGCGACUUCAACCGUUAGAACCGUGCUGCUAGCUGUAUCCCGCCGAGAUCGUACGGAUCGGGAACUAGGCAAGGACCUCGAGGAACCACCAACUACCCCGGAUACCCCGUAUACGGUAACGGGUUCAAGAACAGUAGCCCAGCACAGUGGAUCGAGCGUCGAUCGAUUGUGAUCACCGGGCAACUCCAUCGGCUUAUCAGAACCACCGCCGUUUGCCGGUGCCGGGGUCGAGCAAUCCGAAAGCGGGUUCCGGACGCCCAACUGAGUUCUGAACAAUUGCGCUUAUCUGCUCAACAUCUCGGAACGAGUGCUUGUGUGUGUGUGUGUGUUUUAGUGAUUCGAUACGUUUUAUGUGGUUUAACCAAUUGUUAGUGUGAGAACGGACAAUCGACGAAAGACUCUCGCUACGCUACACACAGCAAGAUCACAUCACGCAACAUGCCGGAAAAGGAUUCCCUCGAAGAGGGCGCCGAGCAGCCGGGAGGGUAUGGUGCGAUCGUGUCCUCGUACAAGUCGCCAGUUGUUGUCCACCCACCACCGCAAACCAGUGCGCAGCCACCACCGGUACAGCAACAGCAGCAGCAGCCAAGCGACAACGACGAUCAGGAUAGUGACAGCAAACAUCGACAGGAGUCGGAUCGGACCGGAUCGGACAAACCACCAGAACCACCACUACCACCAAACGGCGAUCAGCGCGGUCACCAUCAUCGUUUAUCAGCCGCCGGGGAAAGCCGAGAGGGGUCUAGUGCGCCGAAGCACGAUACCGGCGACAACGACGCCAUCACUACUACCACCACUAGCAGCACCGGUCCACCGACCAACAACACACCCUCGGUGAUAACGUCCGGUGCGAAGGUGUUAUCGGAGAGCGCGUCGUCGGUCGGUCGGCCACUGUCAGCGUACGACGCCAACGAUCAGCUGGUUGGCGGCGAUAACUCGCCACCCCGUUUCUCCACGCUGAACACGGUGAUCAACAGUGCCGGUUACGGGCAUUCGGCUAUUGCCGCUGCGUACCAGCACCAUCAGCAGCAUCCGCAUCACCUUCAGCAACAGCUGCAGCAGCAGCAACAGCAACAGCAACAGCAACAACAGCAGACGCAACAUCAUCCUCAGUGGCCGUGUGAUUUGAGUUAUAAACCGGUGGACAAGCCCAUCGUCAGUGUCUCCCCGGGACCGGGCGAUCUAGCCGCGUCAUCGCACCAUCAUCCGACGCCACCGAGGGCCGUCUAUUUGGGUGAUCCGCACCGUACGGGUGUGACAGGUGAUCCUUCUUCUUCGCUGAUGAUCGGAAUGCGCGGUACACUGCUCGCGAUGUACCCUUCGUACGCCUCACCGAACGGUGUGGCCGUUUGCCAUCAGCUGGACGAGGCGAGCCUCCAUCAGCAACACCAACAUCAACAGCAACAGCAACAGCAUCAUCAGAGCCAGCGAGACGAAGAACUGGCCACACUGCACCAUCAUCUGCACCAUUCCUCGCAGCUGCACCAUCAGCAGCAGCAGCAGCAGCACAGCAUCGACGAGAUGAUCGCCGAUACGCUCAAGGAUGAGCAUUGUGGCAUCGUGGACACUUAUCUAGCGGCUGGCGGGCUGGUCGGUAGCGGUGAUCAUCAUCUGGCAGGAGACUCACCAACCCACCAUCAUCAUCAUCAUCACCAGCACCAGCAGCAGCAACACCAGUUGGCACAGCAGCAACAGCUCCAGCAACAGCAGCACGAUCAGGACCUGCAGGAGCUGAAGGAAUACGCACGAAUGUAUCAUAACAACAACGACAAGAGCGUGAUCAAUUACAACCAUGCCGGCCAGCAGCAGCAGCAUCAGCAUCAGCAUCAGCAUCAACAGCAUCAUCAUCAUCAGCACCACCAACUCCAGCAGCAGCAGCAGCACCACCACCACCAUCAUCAGCAACAGAACCAUACGCACACCAGCAGCGGUGGGGAGUCGCGCAGUCCGGACUAUGCGCCGGAUGAGUUCGAUAGCGGGCUGCAAAGCUUCACUCAGUUGAUUAAUGUGCCUCGAGCGAGCGAUACGGGGUCCGGGUCGGGGGCCACCACCGCCAUGUACCAUCAUCAACAUCAUCAGCAAGUGUCGGCUGCAGCAGCGGCCGCCGCCGCCGUAGCAGCCACGACAGCGGCCGCCACCGCAGUCCUAGCGAGUGCCGCGAGUGGCCAUACGACGCCAACGCCCGGCCAACCACCGUCAUCGAUCGCCGGUGUUACGUUAACGGGUGCACCGGCAGCUUCACCGUCACCAGCCGAUCAUCUCGCCAGUGCCGCCUCGCUCCUGCACGCCAACGGUGGUGGCGCCAGUGGUGGCGGUGCUGGCUCUGGACCGGUAUCGGCCGAUGGAGGAUUGGCGCUCUUCGAUUCGCUCCAGGCAGGCGUCCAUUCUGGCGGUCCCGCGUACGGUCGGUGUUCGUACUCCACCAUGCACUACCUGAACGGCAGUCCUUCGCACGAGGCGGCUCAUCUGUGGAGUGGCGGUGGUCUCGAUGGUGACUACAUGAAGGGUGCGUUGCCUGCCUUCCAGCGGAUCGCUUCGGCCACCAACACUUCCCGAACCAAUCCUUACGGUUCACUAGCGGCAGCAUCCUAUAGCCAGCAGAACGAAGCAUGGGCCCAGGUGUACGAUACGAGCAGCAUCGCCUACAGUGUGGCCACAUCCAGCACGACGCCCACCGCUACCGCAAAUCGCCGGACGACGGUUCCGACCACGGUGACCUCUCACUUCCCGGCCGCUGCCUCGCUCACCGCAAUGGGCCUCGAUGCGGACCUGUUCACGGAGGGACGAGAGUGCGUCAAUUGUGGCGCCAUCCAGACGCCCCUCUGGCGUCGCGACGGAACUGGCCACUACUUGUGUAACGCGUGCGGACUCUAUCACAAGAUGAACGGGAUGAAUCGUCCCCUGGUGAAACAGCCCAGACGUUUGGUAAAAGAACCUAGCUCGGCUAGACGAACGGGACUACAGUGUUCGAACUGCAACACAACCAACACUUCGCUCUGGCGCCGCAAUCAGGUCGGUGAACCGGUAUGUAACGCUUGCGGGCUGUACUACAAGCUGCACAACGUCAACCGUCCGCUGGCUAUGAAGAAGGAUAACAUUCAGUCUCGCAAACGGAAGCCAAAAGGAAGCAAAAACAGCGAUGGAAGCACGCCAGCGAGCAAGCAGAAGGGGGGAAGCAAGGCGAUCAACGAUGUAAACAAUCACGCUGAUCAUGAUUUGAAAAUAAUGCAACUGGGAGAAACGUCGACGUACGAUAAGAAUAUGCGCUCGUCACCAUCCAGCGAAGGAAGCAACCUUUCUCCGGCCCACCGGAACCACAUGUCGCCGAUCUGCUACACGCAGCAGGUGCCAUCGCCGAUCACGAGCACUCCAUCGAGCGGGGCCAUCGUCAGCAACAGCAACAACAAUAAGUACAACCAUCAACAGAAAGGCUUAUUCAUGAUGUCGUCUCCAUCGUCGAUGAACCCCCUGUUUGGGGGCAGCCCAACGAGUGCCCUGUCGGCGCACCAUCACCAUCAUCAGGCUUCGGCUGGUCCGUUGAGCCCGGAGUCCGGCUACUCGCUGUCGGGCGUUGGUGGUGGCCAUGGCAACGGGUCACUGGUUAGCCCGAAAUACUCGCAUCACAGCCCAUCGCACUCGCCGGUGGAUCAGAUGUACUACGACAUGCUGCCGGCCGAUGUGAACGGUGGUGUCGAUCAGCAUCCGAUGGGGGCGAUCGUGAAGAUGGAACCACUAAGUGGUAGCCAUUACGGGGCGUAUCAGCAAGGGCUGCAUCAUGACGGUAUCAUGGGUGGACUGUCCCACUCGCAGCAGCUGCACCACAGCCGCAGCCCAUCGAUCCCCGAGGAUGAGCAGAGCGAGCAGGCACACUCUUCGCAGGAGCUGAUCGAGAGCAAGCAUAACAUCAAUCGUCCCACCGUGGUUUCGAUGUCUAGAUAGAGGAGAGACGUGCAGAUGCAAUGCAAUCAUGGUUAGAAGCACAUCAUAACGGUCCAGAAUGAAGGCACAGGUCGAAUCUCAACCGCUUCCCACACUCACAUGAAGGCUUAUGAUAGCAAAUGAACUGAAUGACGCAAAAGACUCUACAAUCGUUUAGCGAGCUGUAAGGUAACCAAACAUUGACCAAACUCUUUAUUUAAGCAUAGUGCACCGUUUCGAUAGGCGUAAGGCGACUCUGCUCUCUACGAAUAGAACUCAUUGCUACACCGUAAAUCGGUAGCUUAUGGUAGGAUUAACGGUGUGUCUAGUACGUGUACGCGGUGCCACAUAACAAUGAAAAGAGUGUUUUAGCUAAUCAUGAACAAAGAAUGAGCAGGCUUUCUGACCAAGGACUUCUUUAUAGGCUAGAGUAAAAGCGGAACCUACCGUUCGCUAGUUCGCAAGGCAGUGCUAUUGACUUUCUGUGCGAUAGCUGUACAUGAUGAUGAACUUUAAAUGACCGAGCUAUGCAAUCUCAGCCUGAGACGGGAGUCAACCUUUAACCUGUACAGCGGUGUGACUCCCCAGGACAUUUCGCAACCAUUCCAAAUAUGUUUUAAGAAAGAUAAGUUUUCUUUACUAUCCUCUGAUUUUCUCUUCCUUAGUUGGCUAAGCAAAUGUAGGACAAUCUGUAUCGUUGUUACGGUUAUCGAGUUUUAAUUAAACAAAAUCAUUCGGGGACCCCGUUCGCCGACUGACUAGUGGUUAUCAUAUGUUUGGAAAUAAAUAUCUGUUUAAAAAAAGUUCUAUUUUUGCACUU